AUGGCUAAACGACAAACCUACCAGUCCCAUUUUCAACGCUUUCCCAUUAAGAAAAAGACUAAGAAAUUAGGACCACAAAAAAAGCCUAUAAAUACAAACCUCAAACAGAUGAGGAGAUUCAGUUUCCUCAGCAGCAACCCUUUUGACCGAUGGACAGGUGACUGGUCACAGCAACACUCAAGUCAGUAGUGGUGGCUAGCUUUGCUUGUAUUGAGCCUGAUUUUAUUUUUCAUUGGUACACAGCUACAACACAUGCCGUGAAGAUUUUAUUUUGAUUGACUUGUAUAGUUUUGGAAACCAUCAUAUUCUGAUGCGAACAUUUCUUAAGGGACCUGAUGAUUCUGCUCUGUGUGUUUGUCUUUGUGUAUGGUCCCUGAAGUUAGGGGUAGAAACUCUGUAUUGAUAAGCGUACAUGAAUCUUAGACCCAAAAAAAAACACAAACAAUUAGGAUCACAGGGUAAAGAAAAACCUAAAACUAGCUCAAAGAAAUUAGGAGCCUCUUAUAUGGGGAUAGGAUUCAACCCAGUUUUCUCAGCAUGCCUUUCAACCGGUUGACUCCCAUCAUCUCCAUCCACCCAGUACGAGGUCACCCUAAGGAGGCCUUCCGCUUCAGAGUUUUAGUAAAAAAUAAUAAGGUGGCUUUUUUUUUAAUUCAAAAAUAAUAACGCGGUUUUGAUAUGAUUUUUUUUUUUUUUUGGUAUGGUUAAACGACAAACCUACCAGACCCAUUUUCAACGCUUUCCCAUUAAGAAAAAGACUAAGAAAUUAGGACCACAGAAAAAGCCUAUAAAUACAAACCUCAAACAGAUGAGGAGACUCAGUUUCCUCAGCAGCAACCCUUUCGACCGAUGGACUGGUGACUGGUCACAGCAGCACUCAAGUCAGUAGUGGCUAGCUUUGCUUGUAUUGAGCCUGAUUAAGUGACUAGACUCAAACCCAGAUGAUUAAAGUACCUCAUCAACUCUCUAAUCUCGGCUACAAUCGGGUAUUCCAUGCUUUCUUUGCAGUUGUGGCUCCCAUGAUCCUUGGAAAGAUCGUAUCAUGCAAGGCUUGUUGAAAUGAAAUUGAAAAAAGGAUUUGUUGAAUGAUCAAAACUUUUGAGAUUACUCGUACUGGAUUUGGUCACAAUCUUCAGUAAAAUUGCCAUAGCUAAGUAAUUAAGUUCGUUCCAGUGGUGAUGUACACACGAAGAACAUCUUCAUCUUCUCCAUCUACAACACCUCAAUGGAAAUAUGAUGUCUUUCUCAGUUUUAGAGGUGAUGACACUCGGAAGGGCUUUACAGACCACUUAUAUGAAACAUUGAGAGCUCAAGGAAUCAUAACUUUCAGGGAUGAGCCUAAAAUUUCGAAGGGAAAAUCUAUUUCUGGAGAACUGAUUGCUGCGAUUGAAGGAUCAAAGUUUGCACUUAUUGUCCUCUCACAAAAUUAUGCAUCCUCAACAUGGUGCUUGGAUGAACUUCUACACAUUCUUAAAUUUAUGGAAGCAAGAGAAGCAGUGCUACCAAUUUUCUAUUAUGUUGAUCCAUCUCAUGUACGAAAACAAACAGGGUGUUUUGAGAAAGCCUUUACACAACUAGAAGAAAGAUUUAGUUCGGAUGACAAAACGAAGGUGCAAGAGUGGAGAGAUGCAUUGGCGAAAGUGGCAGAUUUCUCUGGGUGGAAGGCUAAGGACUGGUACGAAACCUUGCUCAUCAAAGAUAUAAUCGAUGUGAUAUGGAAAAGAUUACGUCCUACAUCGUUUACUUUUGUGGAGAACUCAGUUGGAUUAGACUCAAGUAUGAACUCAAUUGAUUUAUUGUUAGGUGCAGGGGUCGAUGAGGUUCGCUUUAUAGGGAUAUGGGGUAUGGGUGGGAUAGGUAAAACAACUAUUGCCAGAGUUGUUCGCGAGAGAAUCUCUCCUGAAUUUGAAUUCAGCAUAUUUCUUGAGAAUGUCAGUGAUAAUGUUCAAAAAGGUGGUCUAAUAUCCCAACAAAGAGAAAUUCUUGCAAGGAUAUCGAUGAAAACGAUUGACAUAUUUGAUGUUCAUGAAGGAUCCACAAUGAUUAGAAGAUUACUUCGUCACAAAAAGGUUCUUCUCAUUCUCGAUGAUGUGACCGACUCAGACCAUUUAGAUUAUUUGGCUGGAAAGCAAGAGUGGUUUGGUUCUGGGAGUAGAGUUCUUAUUACAACUAGAAAUGAGCAUUUGUUAAUUGAACAUGAAGUGGAGAGAAGAUUUCAGGUCAAACGUCUAAAUCAUGAUGACGCUCUUAAGCUUUUUAGUUGGAAAGCCUUUGGAAAAGACCACCCUGAAAAAAACUAUAUUGAUUUGUCUAGCUGUGUUGUGAGUUAUGCCGAUGGUCUUCCACUAGCUCUUAAAGUUUUGGGGAGUUUUUUGCGUGGAAGACAUGUAAGUGCUUGGAACAGUGCGUUGGGUAAACUAAGAGAUCUUUGCAACACAGUUUUGGGGACACUUCAAAUAAGUUACGAUAAUCUAGAUGACAGGGAGAAGAAAAUUUUCCUAGACAUUGCGUGUUUCUUUAACGGGGAGAAAGAAGAUCGAGUUAUAGAAAUCCUAGACAGUUGUGGCUUUUGUGCAUGUAUUGGAAUAGAUGUCCUCAUUGAGAAAUCUCUGUUAACUAAUUCGUAUGGCACUCUAUGGAUGCAUCAGUUGCUCCAAGAGAUGGGUCGUGAAUUAGUCAAUCGAGAGUGUCUUGAUGAGCCAGGAAAUCGCAGCAGGUUGUGGCGCCAUGAAGAGGGCAAGCAUGUCUUGAGCAAAAAUACAGGAACAGACGCAGUAGAAAGUAUAACCAUGGACAAAACUGGGCCAGUGGUGCACGCGGAUGCUAAAUGCUUUUCAAGGAUGAAGAAACUGAGACUUCUCAAUCUUGCUAAUGUGAACCUCUCUAAUGAUCUUGAAUAUCUCUCCGAUAAUUUACGAAGUCUUGAAUGGGAUGGGUAUCCUUCAAAAUAUUUCCCAUUACAUUUCAACCCAGAGAACCUACUAGAACUUAACAUGUGCCAUAGUCACAUUGAAUCUUUUUGGACGGGUGUUAAGCUUUUAUACAAUUUGAAAAUCUUUAAGCUCAGCCACUCUUUAAAUCUUGUCAACACCCCGGACUUUAGAGGCUUUCCAAAUCUUGAGUAUCUGAUUCUGGAAGGUUGUAGACGAUUGUAUAAGGUUGACCCAUCCCUUGGAAUGCUUGAAAGAAUUACUCAGAUAAACUUGAAGGAUUGCAAAAGUCUUGUGCAUCUUCCAAGAAGUGUGUAUGGCUUAAAAUCUGUCAAAGUUCUUAAUCUUUCUGGCUGCUCAAAGCUCGACAAGUUGCCCAAUGAGUUGGGCAAUGCAGAGUGUUUGGAGGAGCUUGAUGUGAGCGGAACUUCCGUAAGAGAACUGCCUUCCUCCAUUGUUCGGUUGAAAAGCCUCACAGUAUUAAACUUUCGUGGAUGUAAAGGACCAUCACCUAAAUUUUGGAAUUUGCUCUCCCUUUUUCAGCUAUUUCUCUCCCUUUUUCAGCGAUUUCUAAUAAGAAGUCGCGUUCCCACGCCUUUGUUGCUGCCUUCUCUAUCCGGUUUGGUUUCCUUAAAAAAACUUACUCUAAGUGAUUGCAAUCUCUUGGUAGUCCCUAAUGACCUUAGCUGCUUGUCCUCAUUAACCGACCUAGAUCUUAGUAGAAACCAGUUUGUUAGCCUACCCAACGGCGUCUCUCUACUUUCUAGACUUCAAUUUCUUAACUUGGAGUGUUGUGAGAGGCUUCAGGAAUUGCCAGAGGUUCCACAAAGAGUAAUAGCAGUUGUUAACAACUGUAUUUCAUUAGAAAGAAUUGCCAGAGGUUCCACAGAAAAGUUCCAGUGGCUACGGUCGACACAAUGUAUCAACUGCUUCAAAUUUGCGGAGACGCACGAUUUCAGGAGUUUGGUAUUUACAUUACUGAAACAAUAUGAUGGGGAAGUCCCUAUUACUCAAUUUGUUGUUCCUGGAAAUGAAAUUCCCGAGUGGUUCAAUCAUAAAUCUGCUGAAUAUAUAUACCAGAAAGAGUGGUUCAAUCCUCAAAGUGUGGAGUAUCCAUUAAGCGUGGAGCUACGUCCAGGUUGGUUUACUGAAAAAUGGAUGGGAUUCGCGGUGUGCCUUGCUUUUGCAAUCCAGGAACGAUCACCUAAUUGCGACCCUCCUCUUGAGUAUGGUAGUUUUGAUUACAAUUAUACACAUAUUAUUACUUGCAAAGUGGACAUCAAUGGAAAGGAGAUGACGGCAGCACGUAGGCGUACAUUUGUGGUUCUUAAUGCAGAGUCGGGGCAAGCUGUGUCUGAUCACCUUUGGGUAGUCUUUUUUCCUCGUCACUUUCCUCAGUUGUGGAAGGGUAUCAGCGAUCAGAUUGAAUUGCCUUCUGGCACAGAGUGGUGGCAAGGUAUAUUUGGUCAGAUUACAUUUUCAAUUACGGCCAGAGUUGGCCAUGGAGUAAUAGUGAAGCAGUCUGCGGCUCGUCUGGUAUAUGAGGGAGAUUUGGAAGAGCUUGACCCAAGAUUUAGGCGCGGGACCCGCAGCCAUGUCAGCAUUUCUGAGGUGGAUUCAGAAAUCCCCUCUUACACAAACAAAUGAAUAGAAUGGAACCACAACAGCAAUGAGAGCCACCACAACUGGGACAACAAGAGUAAUGAUCCUUCCUCCCAAUGCAAGUGGCCUUAUGGAAAUGAAA